AUGAAACCUGGUAUAUUCAAGCACAAUCACACAUAUGUCGACAUCACGAUUCCACAAUCAGAAGCCGAUGCCAGUGUGCCUGGUGGUAGGACUGAAUGGCUGUCCAAAAGAUUUCCAAUGUCUGCCAUCCCUCACACCUGUAUCGGGCGCAUAUCCUCAGCUUCAUCGACCCUCAAUCUGUACAUCGCAUUCCCAAGGAUGAUACAUCAACACCCAAUGAAUGGGCAAAGAAUCACACUGAUGCCAAAGGACGUUCUCAACAUCUUCUGGGAUAGAGUGCUACUUCCAUCAAUAGGAGACUGCACCGAUGUGAGUUGGGCGCCUUACCUUAAACAGACAUUGGAGGAGGCACGAUAUAAAGCCAGAGGUGGAGAUGGAUGCAAAGGCGGAUGGGGACCCCCUAAGACAAUACCCCUGUCCAACAAUGACUUCAAGGAUGUCCAGAAAUGCAUGGAAGCUCACAUAUGCAAUGGGGAGGGCAAGCUGAGCAUGUUUGGGUCACUGUUCUUUAUUUUAGACAGAAAGGGCAUCAAGCUGCUCAUGAAGGAUGGUCAGAGAGGGCACUUCUCAGGACCAGAAGAGGCACUGCGUCGAAACCUGUCUGACCUUGACUGGCUAUAUAUGAGGAACUGGACACAUGGUGAACUGCUGGUGGAUGUUGGGAUCUCAUUCACACCUCACUCUCCAGAUGUUCCUGUCAUUGGAGUUUGGAGAUUGGACGCAUUGGAAGCCUCAUUUGGAGCGGGAGGCUACAAGAGAGGGGAUAUGCAUCAUCACAACACACUCUCUUGA